AUACAUUUUUGGAAAAUGAAAUAGAUUGCACAUAAUCUCAAAAGUAAUGAGAAAAAUACGAGGAAUAGUAGGGUAAUAUUUUGACAGUGCCGCCGAUCUACUGGGCUUGCUAUCUCCAUGGGAGCUUCAUGAAACUAGCUUUAUCAACUUCAUCGCUACUAUCACAAUCACAAUCUUAGAUUGAGAAAUAGUGAAACAUCAAAAAUGUUGCUGACAAUCAGACAGGCCAGGCAGAAAACUAGAACCCUCUUUAACCGUCCUCCAUAUGCCAAAUCCAUCACCGACAAGAAUACCCUUUUUUUCUAUCUAUAUUACUCCACCAAUACUCCUCCUACCACAAAGCCAAUCCCUGCAUAUCCAUAUCCCUUCUUAACUCCACUUUCUUCUAAUGCUUUAUUAGCUUUCCAAUUGCAGCCCAAAGAUGUCGUUUUAUCAUUUAAAGAGUGGUUUGCGACCAGAAAAAACCCCAUUUUUGAUCGGAUCUUUGAGAUAUUACGCACCCAAGAUGAUAUUACAGCUGAUAUUGCAUUGUCUCGAUUCAACCUUAGACUCUCCGAGGCGUUGGUUCUUCACGUGUUGAAUUAUGAGAAGAACAAGGAUGUUUUGUCGUGUUUGAAAUUUUUCGAUUGGGCGGGUCGACAACCGGGUUUUCAUCAUACUCGUUCUACUUUUUAUGCCAUUUUCCAGAUUUUAUCGAAAGCUAAGUUGAUGUCAUUGAUGGUUGAGUUCUUGGAUAAUUAUAUGAAGCAAAGGUAUUUCCAUAAAGAUCAUUUUUACAGUACUCUGGUAAUUGGGUAUGCGAUGGCAGGCAAGCCCGAGCUUGCACUCCAACUGUUUGGUAGAAUGCGGUUUCAGGGUGUCGAUUUGGAUGCAUUUGCUUAUCAUGUUUUACUUAAUGCUUUGGCGGAGGAUGGUUUCUAUGAUGGUUUUGAGAUGGUUUUGAAGCAGAUUAAAUUUAGAGGGUUCGAGGGUGAGAUAACACAUGCGAUAUUUGUUAAGAGUCUUUGCCAGCAAAUGGAGCUCGAUAGAGCUGAGGAGUAUCUUAGAGGGUUGUUGAGAAAUGGAGGGGUAGGAUUGAGUGGGAUUGUGGUGGCUAAUCUUGUUGAUGCUUUAUGUAAAAAUAAGCAGUUCACAAGAGCUGCAAGUUUGGUGCAGGAUUUUAGAGAGUCUGGUUUGGUUCCAAUGGAACAGGCAUAUGGUGUGUGGAUUAAGGAUCUUGCCCAGGCUGGGGAUCUAAGUGAGGCACUUGAAUUUUUGAAAGGCAAGAAACUGGCUGAUGGGUAUGUUCCUGAUGUUUUUCGCUAUAACAGCUUAGUGUAUCGGCUUUUAAGAGAAAACAGGCUAGAGGAGGUUUAUGACUUGUUAAUGGACAUGAAGGAUCAAGAUAUAAUACCUGAUGAUGUUACCAUGAAUGUAACUUUGUGCUUCUUCUGUAAGGUGGGGAUGGCAGAUGUUGCCCUGGAGUUGUAUGUUUCGAGAGCAGAAUUUGGCCUCUCUGUAAGUAGUAUGACCUAUAACUAUCUUAUAAAUACUCUAUUAGGUGAUGCAAGUGUUGAUGAAGCGUAUAUCGUGUUGAAGAAUGCCAUUCAACAGGGUCAUUUCCCUGGCAGGAGGAUAUUUUCAAUUAUUGCUGAUGCUCUUUGCCGAGAAGGGAAGCUUGAUAGAGUGAAAGAGUUAGUUCUUGCUUCUCUAGACCAGAAUUGCAUGCCCAGUGACUCAACCUUUAACAAGUUCAUAUCAGCCUUAUGUAGGGCCAGCAGGGUGGAAGAUGCAUUCUUGGUACAUGGAGAGCUCAGCAGAUUGGACAAGGUUACUAGCAAGACUACUUAUUUUGACUUGAUUGAUGGCUUUAACAAGUCAAGUAGGGGAGAUAUUGCAUCGAGAUUGUUAAUGGAAAUGCAAGAAAAAGGUUAUAGUCCAGACCGGCGAUUAUACAGGGAGGUUAUUUGCUGUUUAUGUCAAAUGGAUGAUCCAGAAAAGUUAUUUUACAGUUUAUUAGAGGUUCAGUUGUCUCGGCGAGAACCUAAUUGCCCUGUUUAUAAUUACUUCAUUGAUGGAGCUGGUCAUGCUGGAAAACCUGACCUGGCCAGAGGUGUAUAUGAAAUGAUGAAGAGGAAUGGUAUCACACCAGAUUUGCAUUCUGACAUUUUAAUGUUGCAAAGUUACUUAAAAGCUGGAAAAAUUGUUGAUGCUUUUAAUUUCUUCCGUGACUUGUCCAAUAUAAGAAGUCUAGGAAGAAAACUUUGGAACACCAUGAUUGUUGGGCUUUGUAAAGCUAACAAGCCCGAAAAUGCAUGGAACAUGUUCUGGGAGAUGAGGUCAACUCAUUUGAAGCCAAGUAUGGAAUGUUACGAGGAACUUGUUAAAUUGCUUUGCUCACGGAGAGAUUAUUAUAAGGCUAUUCUUCUGGUCGAAGACUUGAUGCAAGUUGGUCGUCGAGUUUCAUCCUUCAUUGGCAAUUUACUUUUGUUACACUCGUUACAAACUCAAAGCGUCUUUAGUGCUUGGAUGCACUCAAGAGACUUGCAUAAUACGAAGGAUCAAAGCUUAGUGCUAGGUGAUUUGAUCAAGACUUUCUCUGGUGGUAGUAAUCUGGAGAGUGAUAUUUUGCAAAUUGAAGAACUGAUUCGGCAAUGUUUUCCUCUUGAUGUUUACACUUACAAUUUGCUGUUGAGAAAACUAACCAUAAGUGAAAUGGAUCUUGCUUGCGAUUAUUUUGAGAGAUUCUGCAAUAAAGGGUAUGAGCCAAAUCGAUGGACUUAUGAUAUAUUAGUUCGCGGUUUCCUACAAGUUGGCCGGUUUUCUGAGGCUAGAAGAUGGAUGGAUGAAAUGUUAGGUAAAGGUUAUGAUCUGACUGAAGCUACGAAGACAUUUGUUUAAACUAUCAUGAAUCUCACUCUAAGAUGUAAUGGGGUUCCUCAUUCAGGACCGCAAAACGGGACAGAUGAUUGUUAUGGGACAUGAAUCACAAGGCCUUUAUCAUCUUACCUCUUCAAAUUCCUUCACAGCAUGCUCCAUUACAGACCCUUCCGACCUUAUUCACAAACGUUUAGGACAUUCGAGUCUAUCCAAGCUACAGAAGAUGGUGCCUAAUUUGUCUAGUUUAUCCACAUUAGAUUGUGACUUGUGUCAAUGUGGGAAACACCCACGUGCUGCAUUUUCACAUAGUAUUGAGAGUCGUUCAAAGUUUAUUUUCUCAUUAGUUCAUUCUGAUAUUUGGCGUUCUAGUGGAGUCAGUUCACCCUUAGGAUUUCGUUCCUUUGUUAGUUUCAUUGAUGAUUUUUCAAGAUGUACUUGGGUUUUCUUGAUUAAAGAUCGUUCCUAAUUAUUUUCUAUAUUCAAAAGUUUUUAUGCUGAAAUACAAAAUCAAUUUGGUGUUUUUAUUCGUACUUUUCAUAGUGAUAAUGCCUUAGAAUACUUAUUCUCCCAGUUACAGGAGUUUAUGACUCAUCAAGGAAUCAUUCACUAGACAUCAUGUCCAUACAUCCCUCAGCAAAAUGGUAUAGCAGAAAGGAAAAAGAGGCAUCUCAUUGAGACUGCUCGCACUCUAUUCAUUGAAUUUCAUGUUUCGCUGCUUUUUUGGGACGACACAGUCCUCGAAUCUCGCUAUCUCAUUAACAGAAUGUCAUCAUCUGCAAUUUAGUAUCAGGUUCUUAUCCCAUACUAUUUCCUCGGUCACAUCUCUACUCUAUCCCCCUCGUGUUUUGGGGGCACAUGUUUUGUUCAUAACUUAGCCCCAAGAAAAGACAAAUUAGCCUUUUGUGCUCUCAAAUGUGUCUUCCUUGGUUACUCUCGAGUUCAAAAAGGAUAUCGAUGCUAUUCACCUAUUUUGGGUCGCUAUCUUAUGUUCGCCGAUGUCACAUUCAUUGAAUCUCAACCUUACUAUACAUCUUCUGAUCAUCUUGAUAUCUCUGAGGUCUUACCCAUACCUCUAGUCUUACCCACACCAAUCUUUGAGGAAUCUGCGGUUACUUUUACAUCUCCAGCUGCAGUGCCACCACUUUUGACUUAUCACCGCCGCAUUCAUUGUUAGACCUAGAUGAUUCAUGUCAUGCGCCUGAAGCUUCCCUUACUGUGGACCUGCCUCCUCUUAGCCAAUCAGUUGCACUAUAAAAAGGUUGGUCUGCUGCUGUGAUUGUUGAUGUGGCUGUCUGGAAGUAAGCUGGCACAUGAAACUAAGUAGAAAUAUCAGUGCACUUUUGAAGAUGGAGUACUGUUGGUAUCGGUUGUCCUAAUUCCUACAGAGUUAUGGGGCUGGGCUGGAUAAAUUCUUUGAACUAAUGCAUGAGUCAGUGAAGUAACAAUUAUAAGGGAUGCCAUGUCCUAUGCUCAGAGUGAAUCUUAAAGAUAGAGAAGGAGUAGCAGGAACAUGGAGAAAAGCCUCAAAGUUCUUGCUAGUUUGCACUGUCGUAGGAGCUUGUAAGAUUAUCAAGAGGAGCUAGUGCCGCGGAAUGUUAAGGAAACUAUGGAAAGCUGGAACCUUUGGGUAGUUGACAGAGCCAUCAAGAACAUCUGGCAAAUGAUACCAGCUUGCAUUUUUUGGAGUAUCUGGAUGGAAAGAAAUCGUUGAAAUUUUGAUGGGAUUUCAACUCCUUACUCUUCUCUGAAGUGCAAGUGUUUGAUUUUUCUUUUUAGCUGGAGCAAUUUAACCCCUGUAAACGAUGUUAUUCCGCUUGUAGAUUUCUUUAGUUCCUCGUCUUUGGCUUAACAGCCAUACUUUUUGCACAUUUAGGGAAAUGACUCAAUGUUGUAUCUGUAGGUUUUUGUGUCUAGGAGCUUUCCCUAAUUUUUUUGGUACUGUUUUCAGCAUCUUCUUGAUGCCAGUCAAUAUAACGAUUACUUAAUCAAAAUAAAAAAAGAUUAUUAA